AUGGAUGAAGAUUCCGUUCUUUUUGGCAUCCGUAAUGCCUUUGCUCUCGGCAACUAUCAGCUAGUUAUCAAUGAAGUCAGCUCAUCGCGUGUCCUUCAGUCACCUGCUGGCAAAUUCGAGGCCCAAACCCUUCUAUACCGUUCCUACGUGGCCCAAGGAAAAUACAAUCUCGUCAUCAAUGACAUUUCAGAGACCACAGCCGAGGCACCUCUCAAAGCAGUACGUCUUUUGGCUGUCUACUUGAAUGCAAAGCAAAAGAACCAGACCGAUGUAUGCGAGACGACCAUUCAACAAGCUAUGCAACUCCUUGAAGAAGGUGCUAACCGAGUGGAACAAACGAUCCAAGUAACGGUUGCCACGAUCCUUGUACAUGAUGGUAAAACGGAUGAAGCACUCAAGGUCCUUCACAACCGCACCAAAAAGUUGGAAUGUACCGCUUUGGCUGUUCAAAUUUAUCUGCAAAUGGAUCGUGUUGAUCUUGCACGAAAGGAAGUGGCACAUGCAAAGUCUUGGGCUGAAGAUGCUCUUCUUUUGCAGUUGAUGGAAGCUUGGGUUGGUUUGCGUGUGGGUGGUGAAAAGUAUCAAGAAGCAUUUUACAUCUUUGAGGAAUUUGGACAGACCAACACAGAGCCAUCUAUCAAGGUUCUCAAUGGUCAAGCAGCAGCAAACAUUGCAUUGGGUCGAUACCCUGAAGCCGAAAGUGUUUUGAUGGAAGCAUUAAACAAGAAUAGCGAUGAUCCUGAAACGCUAGUCAACAUGAUUGUAUGUGCCAACUUGACAGGCAAACCCAUCGAUGUGGUCAACCGAUAUAUUAGUCAACUUCGAGAAGCAGCCCCACAACAUGCAUUCCUUCAGGAAGUGGAUCAGAAAUCGAAUCUCUUUGAUCAAGCUGCAGCAAAGUUUGCCCUCGUAGAUUCCUCAUAA